GCUCCACCUUGCAAGCUCAGGCAUUUAAUACACCUGCAAUUAACAGUUCUCAUUUUCUACAGACCUUUGAGCAGAAGUGUCAAACCAAGACCACAAUCUGAAAAGAAGAGGCAUUUUUCUUGAAGUCAAUGUUUCAAGAGAACUGAAAAGAGACAGACUUCUCCAGGUUAUCUAAUCAUUGCAUGCUCUUUAUAAGCAGUGAUGAGAAACCGGCACCUCUAAGAGGCGAUUCAUUUCACCCCGAAGUAAGUAGACAUUUUAAGUCGCUUACGUGAAUUCUGCCUUAAAGUGCCUGCUUCCUUUCAAUGUGGCUGUAAACGAAACCUGGAAUGGCUACUUCAGACGCAGCUGUCCCCCUAGGAAGUAGGUGAUGUUAGGCAGGAUGGGUUCUGUCCUCAGUAUCAGCUCCUGUUUCUUUCAGUUUAUACGAACUCCUUUCAUCAUGUUGGAAAACCACAAGUGUGAUUUUGCCAGGCCAGACGUAUAGGCUUUCCUCCUGCCCUUAGCACAGACAGGUUCAGGGACACAGGGCAAGGUCUGUGACUACACUGCCCCGUCUUCUCCUUUGAAUUGUUACGUUUGGAAUCAGCAAAUAAACUUUAAUGAAAUUAUCAUCUGCUUUUUAACAUAAACUGCUUUUCUACUUGGAUUUUAUUUUAUUUUUUAAAUUUGGGGGUAUCUUUCUGUGAAGACUUCUCAGAACUGCACUGACCAACUUAGACAUCAUUUUCAGAAGCUGAGAGCAAUUUAUUACUCCACUAUUUAAAGAACAAAAGAGCAGAUAACCGGAAUCAUCCUGUCAUUCCUCCUAGGCACAACGGACACAGAUAAGCAUUUGAGAGAAUUUAACAGUAGAACUAAGCAGGAAAUACUAAGAAAUACCAGAAUGAAUAACAAGUUUCUCCUCUUUCCUGGAACAAUCUCAGCAGAGGAACAGAAGUAAUCCUUCUUUGAGACUCUCCUUACAGAAGCAUUAAGUGGACAGAUAACAGCAAGCUUCUCAAGAGAAUCGAGUCAAGUAUCCAGUUCUGGCACGCUAACAGCUAGGUUUCCAUUAAAAUAAGGCAGCAUCAAAUUUUCUUCUACUGCAUUCCUGCCUGACAUUUGUUCCUAGCAUUGUUAUGGCUUAUUCUUCUAUCCAGAGUUGUAACUGACUUGUGUUCUUUGAUUUUUCUCCCUCCUAAAAAUUCAGGUUCAUUAAGGAAAUGGUUAGAGGAAACAAGACAACUGUUGAUGAGUUCAUUCUCUUGGGAAUCACAGAUACUUGGGAGCUGCAGGUCAUUCUCUUUGUGUUGCUCCUUCUUAUCUGUGUCACCUCAUUGGUGGGGAAUCUCGGCAUGAUUGCAUUAAUCAGGUUUGACUCACGACUCCACACCCCCAUGUACUACUUCCUCUGCCACCUCUCUCUGGUAGACCUAGGUAAUUCCUCAGCGGUUUCUCCCAAAAUGCUAGUGAGCUUCUUUGAUGAAAGGAAAGCCAUCUCUCUGGCAGGGUGUGCAGCCCAGAUGUACUUCUGUGGAGUCUGCAUGAUCACCGAGUGUUACCUGCUGGCUGCGAUGGCCUAUGACCGGUACAUGGCCAUCUGUAACCCUCUGCUCUACGUGGCCGCCAUGUCUCAAAAGGUUUGUGUCCAACUGGCUGUGGGAUCCUAUGUAGUAGCUGCUGUGAAUGAAAUAGUGCUUGUCAGCUCAGUGUUCAGUUUACACUUCUGUGGCCCUAAUGUCAUCAAUCACUUCUUCUGUGACAUUCCUCCGCUCCUGAAACUUUCCUGCUCCAGCACUACAGUCAACGAACAUAUGCUUUUCACCAUUGGUACUUUGGUUGCGCUCAGCACUUUAGUAUUCAUUGUUGUCUCUUACGGUUAUAUCCUUACUGCUGUCCUGAGGAUCCGCUCGUCAGAGGGCAGGCACAAAGCUAUCUCCACCUGUGCCCCACAGUUGACAUCAGUCUCAGUUUUUUACGGGACUAUGAUAUUCAUGUACCUCCGUCCCAGUUCUAGCUACUCCCUGGACCAGGACAAAGUGGUAUCUGUUGUGUACACCAUGGUGAUCCCCAUGCUGAACCCCCUCAUCUACAGCCUGCGGAACAUGGAGGUGAAGGAUGCUCUCAAGAAACUCCUCGGAAAAGUUCUUGUUUCCUUUAGAAGUCAAACUGGUAAAGAGGUGUCACACUACACAAAAUAAACUUGGACAUUCUUGAAUUUCAGUCUCCGUUUGGCUGCUGACCAUUUAAACUAAAAGCAACAAGAAGACAGCAAUCAUGAGGACCCUGAUGAUGCUUGUGCAUGUCAUUGCUACAGGACAUAGCCAGCCACUGCUUGCUUUCUCCUCUGUCAGGGAGUAGCUAUACUGUCUGAUUUUACCCUUAAACCCACUAAUUAUACUCAAAGCCUCACAUGGACUCCUUUCCCACAUGCCACCCUCUAAAGCCUUGGUGUUUUGUGUCACUCCAUAAGAGGCUGUAUUUUUCAGCCUGAGAAGCAUCCCUCACGUUCUUCUGGCAGAUCUUCAAGAGGGAACGAUGAGGCAAUGAGGAGAUCCAGGUCCCCACAGAUGUUUGCUAAGAAUAAAUCUGGGCUAGUGUGUUUGAAAGCAGGAACAUUUCCAAUUGGCAGUGUAGACUGAGUUUGCAGAAGCCAAGUUUAACAUUACU